GUCCAGUCCUACCUGGAAAACCCCACCACGUACCACCUGCAGAAGUCGCGGGACAAGAAGGUUCAGGCCUAUCUCUCUGAAACCUACGGGAACAAGUUUGCUGCCCACGUCAAUGCUGAGAGCCGAGCCCUGGCGAAAGAGCGCCAGAAGAAAGACAAUCACAACCUGAUCGAGAGACGGCGAAGGUUUAACAUCAAUGACCGCAUCAAAGAGUUGGGGAUGCUGAUCCCCAAGGCCAAUGACCUGGACGUGCGCUGGAACAAAGGGACAAUCCUGAAGGCAUCUGUGGACUACAUCAAGAGGAUGCAGAAGGAUUUGCAGAGGUCACGAGACCUGGAGAAUCACUCGCGGCGUCUGGAAAUGACAAAUAAGCAGCUGCUGCUCCGCAUCCAGGAGCUGGAGAUGCAGGCACGCGUCCAUGGGCUGCCCACCUCCUCGCCCUCGGGGGUCAGCGUGGCCGAGCUGGCUCAGCAGGUGGUCAAGCAAGAAGCCAGUGGGGACGAGGGGAUGCUGGAGCCACCGCUGCCACCCCCAGACCCCGAAUCACAGCCGCAGCUGGCAAUGCCUCCACCACCCCAGUCUCCCUACCACCAGCUGGACUUUACCCACAGCCUGAGCUUCGACGACGGUUCCCGGGGCUUCCCCGACAGCCUGGAGCCCAGCCACGGUGCUUCCUUCCCAUCCCUAUCCAAGAAGGAGCUGGACUUGAUGCUGAUGCAGGACACCAUGCUGCCGCUGGCCUCCGACCCCUUGUUCUCGGCCAUGUCCCCGGAGGCCUCCAAGGCCAGCAGUCGCCGGAGCAGCUUCAGCAUGGAGGAUGCAGACAUGCUGUGACGAGGAGCUGCUCCGACGCUGGGGGCGAGGACCGGACCUUCGAGUUUGGUUAGUGAAGU